AUGAAGACGACACAAAAAUCACCAGAAGCUGGAUCCUCUCCUCCAGUCAAACAGCUGCUUGAUGAACCAGAGACUGUCACCACCAUAGUCACUGGGUAUACAGAACUUUACAAUGUUGCCUGUCUGAGUGAUGAAGAAAUCUGGACAAGAGGAAAUGACAGCGCUUUAAAACUCUAUAGCAUUAAUCAUAGACCCCUACUCAAGUCAAUCACAACCAAGUCAAGGUACACGCCAGAUACCAUAGCAGUGACAAAAAGAAGAGAUCUAGUUUAUACUGAUUACUGGGAUAGAACUGUGAACAUUGUGAAGGACGAAAAGAUAGAGGAGGUGAUUAGACUACAGAACUGGAAACCUCAAGGUAUCUGUAGUACCUCUUCAGGUGACCUCCUGGUUAUCAUGAUCAGUGAUGAUUACAAACAAACAAAAGUUGUCUGUUACUCUGGAUCCACAGAAAAACAAUCCAUUCAGUUUGAUAAUAAAGGUAAACUUCUCUAUUCAUCUAGUAGUUAUUACAGAUAUAUAACUGAAAACAGGAACCUGGAUGUCUGUGUGUCUGACAGUGGAGCUGGAGCAGUAGUGGUGGUCAAUCAGGCCGGGGAACUGAGAUUCUGGUACACUGGACAUAGUCCUGCUCUAAAGAACGAAAUUCAGUCCCAUAGGAAUCACCACAGACAGUCAAAGUCACAUCCUUACAGCUGA